AUAGGUUGUACUUAUCUAAAUACGUAGUCCUCUCGUGAUAAGGACUUAAUCUCUUGUAUAUAUACUCAUGUACUUUCAUCAAUACAACACACACUUUACAAUCUAUUUUACAGACCAAUCACAGCUUUAUUAUUAGACAAUAUGGAACUCGUUAUUUGUAGAGUUGUGUGUUUGCUGAAUAUAAAUCCAAGUCGAAAAAUGCAGAUUUCAAACAGAAGAAGAGACGUAUAAAGUCAUGAAUCUCAUGAAGAAGCCUCUAAACUUCUACAUGGUUAAUGCAUUCACUGACUCAGCCUUCAAGGGAAACCCAGCAGUAGUGUGCAUUCUUGAUGGAAAGAAUGAGAGAGACGACUCUUGGCUUCAGUCUCUUGCCGCUGAGUUUAACAUCCCCUUGACUUGUUUUGUUAUUCCCAUCACUGGCUCUCAUUCACCACAUGACGUCUUGCUCCGGUGGUUCACUCCAACCCUAGAGGUGAAUCUCUGUGCUCAUGCAACCUUAGCAUCUGCACACACUCUCUUCUCAAACGGUUUUGUUGGUUCAGACACAAUUGAGUUUGCCACCCGCUCGGGGAUACUAAGGGCUAAAAAGAUUUCCGGAGACGUCAAGUUCGAGAAAGGAUCUUUCUUGAUCGAAUUGGAUUUUCCUGUGAUUCCUACUUGUGAUUACAACUCCAGUGAUAAGCUCAUGUUUUCCAUAGCCUUUAAUGGAGCUACCAUUGUUGAUAUCCUAGGAACCACAACUGGUAAAGUCAUCUCCAAAGCUUUCAAUGGAGCUUCCAAAGCAUCUUCAACAGAUAAAAUCAUUGUUGUGCUUCAAACUUGGGAAUCUGUCAAAGAGCUGCAGCCAAGAAUGGAUGAUAUAUUGAAAUGCCCUGGAAAAAUCAUAAUUGUUACAGCUGCUGCUCCUGAAAGAUCUGUCUAUGAUUUCUGUAGUAGGAUAUUUGCCCCCAAAUUAGGAGUUGAUGAGGAUGCCGUCUGUGGAAGUGCACAUUGUGCAUUAGCACAUUACUGGAGCCUCAAGAUGAACAAAACUGACUUUUUCGCUUACGCGGCUUCGCGUAGGAGUGGAACAGUGAAGGUGCAUUAUGAUAAGGAGAAGCAGAGAGUCUUGCUCACUGGCAAAGCUGUGACUGUGAUGAAAGGCCAUGUCUUAGUUUAAUCCUGCCAUGGGGAAGAAAAAGUUUAUCAAGUUUUCAAUAAAAUGAUGUAUGUAUGACCUUGUUCAUAAUAAACAAAUAAAGUUGACAUGGGAUGUAUUCUGGCUUCCUGUUGCCUUGAUGAACUUAUUAUCUCUGUUCCUCAUUAGUCAACAAACCAAAAAAACUGCAUUUUUCAUAAA